ACCCAGGACCCUGCACUAUUUUAGUGUUUUUUUGUUUGUUUGUUUGUUUUUUAAUAUAGAAGUUAACCAGCUACAUGUGAAAUGAUUCAGUAAGGCAGGGGGCAGUGCUAAAGGGCUGGGAGGGGACUUCUGAGCAGUAGGGGCUGACAUUGCAGCCUUCACAGUUAGUGAUCAAGCAUAUAAUUCCCCCCCAGCGCCCCCAGCUCUGUGCCCUGGUGCUGGGCUGAGUCUGCCAGGGGCCCAUGGUUGCCCCUGGUGCUUUUCCCAGCUCACAGCGAGGCCCCUGGAGGUGGUGGGAAGACACCGUGAGUGCAAGGUGUGGCGGUCGGGCUGGUCCUGGCAGGAGAGCCAGGCUGCAGCCAUGUGCUGAAGGGGGUGCAGGGGACAAGGAGGAGUGAGGAGCAGGUCCUGGAGGGAGAGGACUGGAGUCUGAUCCUCCGGCAGGGUCUGGAGGCUGGAGGCCAGAGGACAGGACUCUGAACAAGGCCAUCAGGGCUUUGUCCACUUUCACCUGCUCAGGUGCAGCCCAGGGCACAGGUGGCCGCCUUUACCCAGCCUCUUAAUUUUGCCAAAAGACUGGGACAGUAGGAGGGAGGGGCUGGGGGAUUACAUGCUUGAUCACUGGCUGUGAAGGAGGGAAGGACGUCAAAGGGGUGAGGGAAUGUCUGAGGGCCAGGGCGGUUGGCUCAGAGGGUUGGGUCUCGUGACAGGAAGGACUGUUGGGCUUGGGACACUGGAGGGAGUGAGCUGGAAAGACAGGGGAAGGACGGGGGACCUGGGGGCAGGUGGCUGAGAUCAGGUGAAGGACAGGAUGUUGGGGGAGGAGAAGGUCAGGGACUCUGGGUGGAUGAUGACUCACCAAGAAUUCAGACAGGCGUGUGCUGGGAAGGUGAGGAUGAACCCAGCAAGAGCUGAACUCUGAAGCCUCAGGGUGAGGCCUGACGUCCUUCCCGGCCACUCAGCUCGGAGCCAGGGGGUUUCAGAGGAGGGAGGGGAGUGGUUUGGAGGAGGCACCAGGAAGCUGAGGGGGCUGGCCCUCCUCCAGGUCACCUUGAGGGGCUGCCUGGAAUGAGAGUCCCUAGGGGACGUGUGGUCAGUGUGAGGAGCGCUGGGCCAGAGGCAACUAUGGGGAGAGGGGACACUGAAGGAGAGGAGAGGAGACCUGGGGCUCAAGCAAUGAGCGGCCGUGGCCAGGCUGGGGGAGCUGCUGCGGGGUGGAGGUGGGGAACAGGGCACUCACGGCCACGCUACCUUGUCCUGUCCCUGCAGAGCCCAUGGGAUUUGUCUGUGCUUGUUGGGGUGCUGGGGAACCCAGGGCCUUGUGCGCGCCAGGCAUGUGCUCUACCACGGAGCCCACCACGGAGCCCCCACGCAGCCCCCACGCAGCCCAUCUGAUUGAACAGGCCAGACCGUCCAUUGUGGUGUGAACUGAGGACACUGCUGUCCCCACAGUCCAUGGAGCCAAGACUUGUCACCAGCUAUAAGGAGAAUGUGCCCCCAGGGCCUGCAACCCCCUGGAGGCCAGGCAAGAGGCUUCAGUGGGCCUGGGCAGGGUCCCCUCUCGGGACAGACUCAGCCCCUUCCCGGGCAGGCCUGAGGGUGGGUUUCCCAGGGUCGGCUGGGCCUCUGACAAACUCUCCCCAGCCUGGGGCCUGGGAGGCAUCGCAGGCAGGACCAGGAGUGGGCCCGGCUGGUUCUGCAGAGCAGCGAAGAUUUCUGAGGGGCCUGGAAAGUGGCCUGAGCCAUGGAAAUGGCCAGUCGGUGCCCAUAUGCCAGGUCACAAGGGAAGGGCCGCCUACCACACCCUCUCCAGGAACGGCACUGCCCCAGGAUCCCUGCAGAGUGCAGAGCAACCUGGCCAGUCCUCUUGCCCACCUGGGCCUGCCCCUGAAGGACACGACUUGCUGGCUGGACACUUCAGGUUUCCAGCAACAGAGCAACUUGUGGUCACUGGCUGGGAGGCCCCAGGGGAAGGUGCGAGAGUCCCCUGUUCAGCAGAAGAACUUGCAUGUUGGGGGGACGGGCAGCAGCUCCCUCCGGGAAAGCCACAGGCCGCGGGCUCACCUGCCCCUCUGCAUGAGGCAGGUCCCCGGGGCCACACUGGCCCCCUGCUCCAACUUCAGGCCGGCCACAGGCUUCGGUCCACUGGAUGGAUGCCCACGGCCAGGUCCCAGAGCCUGGCGUGACCUGGAGAGCCGGACUGGCAGGCUGGUGGGGGAGCCCCUCACCCUGGAGGACUUAGCUGUCCCUGCCCAGAGCCAGGCUCGGGCCCCGCCCCCCAGCGCCACCUGCCUGCUGCUGGCCUCUGUGAAGCGCUUGGAGCAAGAGGCCGCUGGCCUCAGGUGCAGAGUGUCCCAGAAGCCCCCUGGCCAUGCACCGUGGGGCCCCCGCACCCGCCGUGGCCAGGCAUUCCCUGCCCGCCCCCAGCCCAGCCAGCCUGUUCACGCUUCCCGGGAUGAGAAGAGACGCCCCCGCGGCCUCCUAGAGACUUGGGGGGUCCAGGCCCCCACAGACCCUGGAGCGCUCAGCCAGCCGGAGUCGUUCACCACCGCUCUGGGGACGUUCACGGGGAACUUCUUUGACUCUGAGCAGGAGGUCCUUCCCGCCCAGCCCCCAGGACCAGGAGACAAGUGUCCCCCAGAGCCUCCACGUGGCUGGGAGGCCAUGGGGAUCCCCAGUCUCGCUGGAGGGACGGGCAGCUGGGAGGCCAGAGGCACUUCUUCAGCCUCCUCCAGCGCCGCUGGGGACGCCCUCCUCCGGCAGGAAGGAGGAGAGCAGCCCCUGCCGGAGCAGGCAGACAGGGAGGCCGAGAGGACGGCUUCCUGUCCCUCAGAUGCCACCUCUGCAGAGAGGACGGCUUCCUGUCCCUCAGAUGCCACCUCUGCGAGGAGGAGCGGCCGGCAGGUGGAGGCUGGAGGAGGCUGGGCCAGGCGAGAGGGAAGUUGUCCUGCGUGGCCAGGGCCAGCCCCUUGCGACUGCUGGAAAGGCCCCACAGGAAGGGCCCAGAUGCCGCUGCCCCUGGGGUGGGAGGGCCGGGUCCCUCCCCAAUCAGCCUGGUCUGUCCUCAGCUGGCAGCGACUGUCCAGAUGUUUCAGAGCCUGGAGACGCUUGGCCUGGAGGCGGUGGGCAGUGACCACGGCAGUGGCUCUGAGCCGCAGGCGCCUGCUGCGAAAGGGCCUUCGGGCCUUGCGAUGGGCCCUGUGGCUCCGGGAGGCACAGCUGGAGGCGGCCUGGGGACGACACACCAAGGCCCUGCUAGCCCGGAGCUUCCAAGAGUUGGUCCAGUGGAGAAGCCUGGCUCUGCAGCAGGAGCAAGAGCACCCCCAUGUCCAGUCUGUGUCCAGACCCCCUUGUCACGGCCCUUCCUUGGGAAGGGUGGCAGUGGUGGACCCUGCCCAGAGGUGCAGGUCGGCUGGAACCCCCAGUCCAGGGAGACAGAGGCAGGAGGAGGGAUCCCGGCCUCGUCCACUGCGGCCUGGGCAGAGAGCGGAUGAUGGAGACGAGCGAGUCCAGGUCCUGCAGGCCUUGCAGCAGCUGGCAGUCUCCCUCCUGCAGUACCACCUGGAGGACAGGACCAGGCAGGAGCGGGCGGUCCUGGAGGAGGCACCUGGAGCCCCACAGAGGACUCAGAGGAUGGCCAGCCCCCCACAGGCCUGGCACCCAAGUGCUGCAGGUGCCUCAGUGACCUCCCAGCUGCAGAGAGCUUGGCUGCCCAGGUGCUCGGGGGCCUGGCAACAGCUGGCACCAAGAGGAGCCCAGGUCCAGAACCCCCCGGCUGACCCCAGGCUGGAGACCCUGAGAGUGUGCCUGGGACGGUGGGUGCAGAUGAAGCAGCUCCGAGCCUCAGAGGGCACCAAGGUGACCCGGCUGUCCCUCUGCCUGAAGAAGGCGGGUAGCUCAAGCCCUGGAGCCACCACAGCCCGCGGCCUUCAGAGAGUGGCCCAGGCCCAGGGGCCACCCCAGGGGCCAGGCCAGGGCUCCCUCCAGGAGGCCUGCCGGAGACUGACCCUGACCCAGGCACUGCGGCUGUGGAGGACACGGCUCUGUCAGCACCAGCAGGCUACCUCCUUCUCUCAGGGCCUGCGGGAGAGGACCCUGUGGCACAUCCUGAGCUGGUGGCGCUUGAGGGCAUGGGCUCAAGGCACUCUGUCAGGCGGCAGCGAGACCACGGCCCUGGGGCCAUGGGGCAGUGGCCCGAGAGCAGAGGCCUGGCUGGGCUGCAGUGACCCCCAGGUUCCCUGGAGCAGGACCCCCGUCCUCCUGGAGCCUCUCCGGAUGAGCUUCCUGUGGGCAGCUGGGCGGCGACGGCAGAGGCAAAGCCUUCUGCUCUGGUGGGCACGGGCCCAGCAGUCCCGGGGCGCAGCGAGGUGGUGCCAGCGCAGCCUGCAGAGGCGUGUCCUCCUCAGCUGGAGCCACUGGACCACAGCCCAAGGUGCCCGGAGGGAGUUGGCUGCCCACCGGGCCUGGGAGCGGAGCUGCAGGACUGCACUGGGGCUGUGGCGGCAGCGGCUGGCGCAGUGGCAGGAGGCCGAGCAGCGAAACCAGGAGCGGGGCCGGGGACUGGCGCGGGAGGCGCUGCGCUGCUGGCACUCCUGCUGGCAGAGGCAGCAGGUCCUGCAUGAGAAGUACCAGAGGUGGGUGCAGGGCCACCUCCGGGGCCUGCGGAGGGCCAUGUUCCAGGGCUGGUGGCAGGCAGCGGCUCGAAGGAGGCACAAGCAGAGGGUCCUAAAGGCCUGGGCUCAGUUAGCGGCCCAGGGCCACGUCCAGCAAGCUGCCAUCACCCAGCUUCAGCAGGCUGGGCUCAGGCGGCUCCUUUGGACCCACUGGGCCCAGUGGCAGAUGGCGCUGCUCAGAGUGCGGCUGAAACCAUGGACCCAGGCCCAGAGGAUGGACCUUGAGCACUGGCCCAGGCUGGCCGGCAGAGGGUGCCUCGUGCUGAUGGACACUCCAGCCCCUUGGAAGCAGGUCGGGUGGGGUGCAGGCAGGGUGGGAGGUGUAGAAGUGACCCUCUACCCGCAGCUGCUGGACAUGGGCCACAGGGCCUGUGCUGCCCCGGCCAACAUGGGAGCACGGCCACAGUGCAGAGAGGACACAGAAAGAAACCACCUGGGCUCAGACCAGUUUGAGAAAACAGUCCCCUUGUCCUGCCUCACCCUUGUUCUUUCCCUGAGCCUGGAGACAUGGGCCAGUGUCUUCUCUGCCCAACUUCCUUUUCCAGGUGACAGAGAGCAUCCCCUCUGCCCCACCUCUCGGUUCUGGUUGCAGUGGCCUGGACAAAGCAGCUGGGCCUCUAGCUGGCUGCCUUCGGGACUGAGAGGUGGGGGGCUCAGAGCCCUCCAAAGCCAAGGGAAGGCCCCUCCCAGGAGGCCGGGUGCUCAUUCCUGUAGGAUCCCGGAAGAGCAGCCCCAGUCCCAUGGCUCUGCGCUCCUCUGGUCAUGGAGAGGUGCUGAUGCUUGUGGUUAUAAGGAGGAAGUACCUGCGGUGCUGGCGCCUUGAGGCUCGGCUUCACAGGUUCCAGGCUUCCCAGAAUGCCAGGCGCCUGGCAGUGAUUUGGAGGAGCUGGGCAGAUGCUCGAAGGGGGCAGCAGCUGUCUCAGGCCCUGGUGAGUGGUUGCCCGCGCUCCCCGGGCCCCACCUCACACUGCUCAGGCAGUGGCACCUGGGACAGGCCUGGAGGAUAUGGCGGCGGCGGGUCCUGCAGCUGCAGGUAGCUGUGAGGCUACAGCAGCAAGAAGGUGGCUGGGUCCUCUCCCAGGCCUUUGAGAAGUGGCAUCAGUGCUUGGUGGCCAGACGCCAAAGGAGGGGCGCCACCAGCAGCCUGAGUCCCCUAACAGGCCAGACACCAGGGCCUUGAGAGCAUGCUGGAAGCUGCCCAGUCCCUGGUAUGGCGGGCUUGGACCAGAACAGGGGUCCAACCUGCUGCGAGGCAUUCCCACAGAAUAAAAAGCAGAGGAGAGCCCGGCCUUCCCAGGGAGGGGCAGUGCCCCCCACACCCGGAAUGUCGACAGCUCAGGGAGCUCUGAAGUACAAUAAAGGCCUCCGUGGUCA